AUGGCCUACGCACCCGCUGUCCACCGCGACGGCGAUGCGGCCGCGCAGGCGUCGCGCAUCCUGGCCGACACGCAGGUCUCGCCCGCCAUCAUCUCGGCGCUGAUCCGCCGGGUCAAGGCGCUUACGUCGCGCCUCAUCGACCGCGAGGUAGACGAGGACACCAUCACCUCGACCGAGGGCCUCGUCACGCCCGCCGUCGUGUCGGCGUUUCACGAGAUCGGCGGCGACUUUGGCGAUGCCGCGCAGAGCCACCUCUGCCUGACGAAAAAGUUCCGCCGCAUCGAGGCCGACGGCGACGUCAGCCUGCCCACGUCGGCGCUCGAGUCGGCCAUUGACCAGCACACGACCAUCCUCCUCUCUUCGACCGAGAGCCAGAAGGUCGUCGGCGCCAUCUGGAGCGGCGACCUGGUGCAGAGGUACGGCCCGGACGGCUACUCGUACUUUGAGCCCUACGAGGCGCGCGACGACGGCGCCUUUCUGGCCCACUUUGACCCGGCGCGCCUGGCCGUGCCGCGCUACUCGUACGUCAUCAACAUCACCAUCUGGAUCUUCUUCCUCGUCCUCUUCACCGUCCAGACGCGCACCUACAAGGAGUUUGACCUGGCCGAGGGCCUGCUCUGGGUCAUGGCCGCCGGCUACAUUAUCGAGGACGCCUCGCGCUGGAUCAAGAUUGGCGGCAUCGACUCCAUCACCUUCUGGACGGUGCUCGACGUGGCGACCAACGGCCUCUUUCUCGUCUCCUUUAGCCUGCGCAUCGCCAGCUUCGUCGCCCACGGCCACGCCGCCGCCGACCUGUACCAGCUGCGCGCGUUCCAGUUCCUCGCCUGCGUCGCCCCGCUCGUCUGGAUCCAGCUGCUCAAGCUAUUCGACGGCUUCGUCUACUUUGGCAUCCUCCAGGUCAUCAUCCUCCGCAUGGCAAAGGAGACGGCCAUCUUUUUCACGCUCCUCGCCCUCGUCAUGGUCGGCUUCUUCCACGCCUUUUACGCCCUCGACGCCGCAGACGAGUCGCGCAUCGACGACGCCGUCGUAAAGAUCAUCGACAACCUCACCCAGACGCUCCUGGGCGGCGCCGAUUUCGAUCUCUUCAGCGACCAGAGCAUCUUCAGCAAGGUCCUCUACCAGGCCUACUGCUUCCUCAUCGCCGUCAUCCUGCUCAAUGUCCUCGUCGCCUUUUUCGGCACGGCAUACAGCGACGUCGUCGAGUCGGCCCACGACACCUACGCCGGUUUUUUCAGCGAAAAGGUCAUUGGCAUGGUGCGCGCGCCGGACCAGUACGUCUACCUGGCGCCGUUUAACCUGAUCGAGGUCUUCCUCAUUGCGCCGCUCGAGUACGUCCUGCCGCGCCACGCCUAUGCGCGCCUCAACUACGGCAUCCAGUCAGUCGUCUUUGGACUGCCCCUCUUCCUCAUCGCCUUUUACGAGAGCAGACUCGCGAGAAAGGUGGGCGCCAUCAUGCUCCAGGAACCCGAGUCGGAGCUCGACGAGGCCAGAGGCGCGGGUAUCGGCGGAACCAUCGAGGAUCCAGAGAUCCCGCAGGACGAGCAGAUGCCAGGACUCCGCCUGGCCAGGACCCGCUUCGAUGAUAUCCUCGCCAUGGCCCUCGAAGGGUCCGGCAAGCACUGA